AUGCGGGUAACAAGCGUGGUCACGUUUCUAGAUUUUCAUAUUAUCACUUGGAACGAUAAUCAUGAUCGACGGCAUUAUUUGGAUUGGCUCUCUCAUUGUGAACUUUUCAGCUAUAUCGAUGCCAUCUCUUCGACGAUAUCGAGCGGGUCAACAACGUCAAUUGAGCUUCAAGGAACGUUUACAACCAGUUUGGCUGUAUUCUACAGUGUUCUUUAUCGAGUAUUUUUUAAAAUCAUGAAAUCUGUGGAUGAUUCUGCCGAGAAACCGACCCAGAUUGAUAGAGACCUGUUCUACCAACUAGCGUCUGAUCUUUCCGAGGAAAGACUGCAAGCGACAGUCAAAGUGGUCACACAGCUUUCAGAGCUACCAAGAGAGUCUGGUGAAUGGAACUAUGUGCUUAAAAGACUCAUCAACGGGCUUUCCUCGAGCAGAAAUGGCGCCAGGCUUGGAUUUGGACUGUGUCUGACAGAGGCAGUAUUCUUAGCGCUACAAAAAGAGGUUUUGCCUGACGUUGGCCAUUACAUGCAGCUUUUGAUGUCGGCACUGUCGAAAGAUGCCACGAAAAACGGCAAAGAGGAACGUGGUUUACUUUUUGGCAAGCUUUUUGGCCUUCAAGUCCUGUUAAAUGAGCCGCUAUUUUCUAAUGUUUUCAAAACCAAGAUUGGUGCAGAGUCCAAAAGCGAGGAGUUGAACCUCGACUUCACUCUGAAAUAUGCACAGGCCCUAAUCGACGUUGCUACAACUAAAACGUGGAUCCGUGAGUCUUCUCUGUACACUCUUUAUCAGGCCAUCGAAAAACUCGCCCCGCUUUUGACCUCGCAAAAGGCGCUGGAUGCUGCUUUCAACCUUUUGGAUGAAAGCCAUCUCACGUUGACCAGUGAGGGGCUUGCCAUCUACCUCUUUUUGCUGCAUACUUGUCCCGCUACCAGGAAAUUGGCGUCCCAAAAUAGACCAAACUUGCAAAACUCUUGGAAAAAUGGUGAUCCUUUGAAGAGGGGCAAUCUUCCGUUGAUUGCAAAUGCACUCAAAGAGGCCAACGUAUCGGAGGACUCAUCGCUUAAACAAAAAGCAGUUUGGGCUCCACGACUGCAUUUUGUGUGGGACGUUUUGCUAUCCGCUGUCCUUUCCACUGACAGCUACAAGCUUGCGAAGUCUGAAGAGCGUGUGACAAAAAAACGGAAAAAGGAUUCGCAUGAUAAAACGCUAUUCAUCGGACUUCCAGAAUUUUGGAAGUCUGUUGUUGACGACUCUUUUUUCAACGAAAAGGCCUCUAGCGAGCGGAAAUAUUUGGGAUUCCUAGUUUUCGAAAAAGCCCUGCAGCUGGUCCCCGCAUCUCACCUUACAGACCUCUUUUCAACAAACCUGAUGAGAUGCUCAAUCAAUCAAUGCGGUAGUUCUGAGAGAAAUUUGCACAAAAUUUCCCAAAAGUCUCUGAAAUCUAUCGUCAGUGUUUGUCAAGAGCAUCCGGAAAAAACUGCACCAGUGUUUGAAGCAGUUGCUUUCAGUGAGAAUGGCUCCAUACACUUCGACCAACUCACCAAGUCCAAGACUAUUGCUGGGCUUUUAGCUAAUAAGGCGCUGAGCACUGAGCACCUACUUACAAUGGUUGGAGUUCUAACUCAAAACCUUCAUAAAAAACAUGACGAUGUCCCCAUGGCCAGAUUCACCGUGGAUGCUAUUCUACACCUUGUGCGAGCACACAAGUCACAGGCUGAUAUUUUAUGGAUUGGUCCCUCUUUCGAUGUACUAAUACAACUUGGUCUAUUCCGAGACCAGGAUUCCCCAGAGGAUAAUGCAAGUGAUUUGUCUAACCAAUCGAUUGGACCUGUCGCCGUUGAAAGGCUUUAUUCGAUGCUUGCUGAUCUUCUUUUCGCGGAGAAGGAAAGUCGCACAAUUUGCUGGCCGUAUAUGGCCCUAGGGAAAUUACUAGAGAGAAAGAAAGACCAACCAUUACUGAAUGCUAUAGAUGAGGAACUUAGCGAGAUUUUCGAUGCUGCUGAGAAGGAACUCAAAAAAGUUAGUAAACAGUUAUCAAAGGAUAAUUCCAAUCUUCAGCUUUGGGGCUUGCAGUUGCUAUUUUCAGUCAGUCUUCUAGAAGCAUACUCUGGUGAAGCAGAGUCGGUUUCUGUCCUCGAAGAUUUGAUCUCUUUCUCCAAGAUUUUCGAAGGGGAGGAAGAAAACAGCUCUUACGCUGGUUUUAUCGAGAUUCUACUGUCUUUAGCGGCUCAGAAAAAGGCUUUAUUGAGAAAGUCAAGUUUAAUGAUUUGGGAAUCUUUCGUCGACCAAGUAUCUCCCGAGGACCUUUCCGUUCUACUCGAGAUCCUUCCUGCCCGGGAAAAUAAAGAAGGCUACACAGAUCUUUUCGAAGGAGGCAACAAAGGCGAGUCCUCUAACGAAGAAGAUGAAGAUGAAGAUGAGAAUGCUUUAGCAGAAGAAGAAAAUGAUAUGAUGAGUGAUGACGGCUCGAAUGAUGAUGAGGAAUCCGACUCAAACGACGAAGACUCUCUCAAUGAUGAUGCCGGCAAAAUAGAUAAAGAAGCCACCAGCGCUCUUGCCAGAGCUCUGAAUCUACCGGACUCUUUGGUUGACGACAAAGGUGAGGUACAUUUUGACGACCUAGGGGACACUGGUGACGAGAGUGAAGACGAAAGCGAGGAAGAUUUAGAUGACGAAAAAAUGAUGGAGCUUGAUGGCCAGCUCUCUGAGAUUUUCAAGCGCCGAAAGGAGGCCUUGUCUCAGAUUCCUACAGGCAAUAAAAGGAAGAAGGAAGUUCAAGAGUCGAGAGAGAACGUCAUCUCGUUGAAACACAAAGUUGUCGACAUGCUUGAGGUGAUGACCAAGUGGGCUGAGAGCGAGUCGAAAAAAAAGGAGUUUUCCAAGGCCCUAGAUAAAGUUGUCGAUACUAUAGCGCCUUUAAUUGCGUGUGCUAGGACCACUCUUGAUAGACCUCUAGCGGAAAAAGUUUCCAAACUUGUCAAAAACAGAAUUACCAAGCUAAGAGUUGCGGGGACCCAAUUCGGCGGGAGACAUGACCGGGACACCAUCGCCGGACUACUCACGGAGAUUCAUGAAUCUAUGCUAUCUAAGAAACCCGGUCAGUUCCCAAAUCUUUACUUCUCGAUGUGUUCUUCGGUGUCGAUCUUUUUGGCUAAGCUGAUGAUAGAAAUGGACUCAUCUAUGGAAACCUACCUCGUUUUGACAGAGCUAUACCACAAAUCGUUAAACGAGUGGUUGAUACGCGGAAAGUUCGGUGUAACCAUGUUUACGGAAUUUCUCACCUGGCUAGCUGUCAAGAAACAACAAGGACUGAACUGA